CCUCGUUCUUGGAAAGAACAACCAAGGCGAGAAGUUGGAUUGUUCGUCAACUCCGACUGCGCUUUUUUUUCUUUGCUCACCCACCGGUGCGCAAGACGUGAGCGUUGUGCUUUCGGUCGUUGACUAACUCGUUCGUCCCCGGGCUAUAUGAGCACGUUAUCUGCAAAAAAAGGAUGGCGGAUGUUAGCAACAUGCUAAAACGAGGAGAAGAGAAGAGAAGCGGCGACAAGGACGUUGACCAGCGGACGCACAAAUGGACUCUCGCACCAAAGGAAGUAAAGGGCACCGGUUAAAGAGCAAGAGGAGGAACGCACCAUCGACACUGGUCGACCGGCACCGCUUUCGGACACCGACCGACCGUCGGACGAGGACGCCGCCGUCUCCAAAGGAGCGUUCGAGUGUAAAAGAGCAAGUUGAAGAGGCACGUCGGCUGGCACGCCGGAGAAAAACUCUUCCGCUGCUCCGCGUCGGGCAAAUGCUUUUCUCAAAAUGGAAUCCUGAUGCGGCACGCCCGUACGCACACCGGAGAAAACCCUUCGGCUGUCCUUUCUGCGGCAAACGCGUCUCCUUGAAGGGCAGCCAGCUGAUGCACGUCCGCAUCCACGCCGGCGACAAGCCCUUCUCCUGCUCGGCCUGCGGCGCCAGCUUCGCGGUCCGCUCGGCGCUAGUCCAGCACGCCGGGGAGAGACCCUUCACCUGCUCCUUUUGCGACAAAACUUUCUCUCAAAAAGUCAGUCUGACCACGCACCGGAGAAGACUCACGGUAGAGAAGGCGUUCCGCUGCGACACUUGCGCCCAGAGCUUCGCUCACAGGUAUCAGCUCAACAAACACGCUUGUGAUGCCCGCCGGACGCCUUAAACACUCGAAGGAGACAUCGGACUGCUGCUUACUGUGGAAGAAUCCACUUCAACCGAAGGCGAUAAACUCUGAAAGCUUCCAAAAACCAAUGACUAGACAGUAGUGGCGCUGUGUUAGCCUUUCUUUCAAAUGAUGUGUCUGUUCUCCAAAUAAACAGAGGAAA